AUGGGCACAUUGAUCUUUGUGGCUUUUGCAACCGGUGCCGUUGCCCAGACCUAUCUUACAGAGGGCGACUUCGGUCUAAUGCUUGAUCUGAGCGUGGGCUAUGCAGCUGCCUGGAUUCUCGGCAAUUGUAUCGCCGGUUCGGAGAGCAUGACCUUCCUUAACCCCGCGUUGGGUCUUGCAAACGCCCUUGUCGGACGAAUGAACUUCAUCAAAAUGCUCUUUUACUGGCUGGCAGAGCUAAUUGGCGGUUUCCUUGGAGGAUUACUCGUCAUAUGGAUAUACUGGGAGAAGAUAGGAAUUUUUGCUGACAAAUUUGACAACGGGGAGCUCCGAAUGAAAACCACGGGUAGCGUGUUGGUGGGCUCUGUUAACGCAGAUCUGGUGACCCUCUUUAUCGACCAACUUAUUGUCGGCACCGUCUGCAUAAUUGGCAUGAUGGCGGCAAUAGACAAAAAUAAUUGGAACCUGUCGCGCUCCCUGAUUAUUUUCUACGGAUCUGUGUUGCAGUUUCUCAAGUACAACGACUUCUCCGUGAACACCUCCGCCAGCAGCAACCCAGCUCUCGACUUGGGACCCCGACUGGCACUACUCUGCACCGGUAAGUAUCUUUACCUGAAGUGUUUGAAGGCAACCACAAUAACGAAGAAUCACUCCAAAUCCCCACACCAUGGUUUAAGAGACGGCUGUGGCAUUCAUAUUUUAUGCCGCAUCUAAAAGCGUAACUUGGUUCACCAAAAGCCCGGGACGGUGAAUUGAAAGAAAACAAACGGCUUAUUCCUGGAAAAACGAACAUGUUGUUGACAAUACUUGACGGAAAACAGAACGACUAUGAACUGAAAACGUUAAAAAACUAGCUUCAAAAAUCUACUAAAGUAGCCAGGUCAACUAAUAUCCACUUCCUCUUAAUGCGCUUUUGAAUAAGGAAUGAUGAAAGCAGUAAAUAUAUUCAGACUGUGGCUUACUGAGGGCCCUCCGGAACUUUCAUUUUUGUGUUUACAAACCAGGCUUCCUCUUUUAGUAGAAACGAGGACAGGUUAUUGAAAUUUUUACUUAAAAGACAUUCCAUAUGUGGUAAAAUGUAGCUAAAAAUAAGACGAAAAUUCCCACUCCAAUCUACGAAAACUAUGCUGAUCAGGAACUACUUACUCUAUGAGAGCUCUAUGUAUUGGAAUCCAAAAUGUGCUUUGUUUCGACUGGAACACAGCAUGCAUUUAGAGUAGGUGGGCUAAUUCAUGAAAUGUCAGCCGAAAUUCCAAAAGGCAUUUUUGUUUCGAAAAUAUUAAUUAGGUAGUGUUGCAAAAUUGAACAUCUUGCAGAAUAAUUCUAUAUCACUCCAGUUACCACAGGCUGCCGGCUUUCGAACGAACUUCUUUUUGACUGCAUGCAAAAACUGUACUCUCUAAAACGACUGCUUAUGUAGCGUGCUUUCUUCUCAUUGAUUUUCGAUGUCCUUAAACACAUCAUUAUAUUUCGUGGAAAACAUGAAUAAAGGUAUCAAUUGUUUUGCUCAUUCGUAGAAAAGUACAUCUUUCUUUAAUUUUGUACUCGAAGAAAGGAUUUGAUUCGGUUUUCAAAAACUUUCCCGAUUUCUUAAAAAUUUUGAACCCGACCAACCAUAACAUGGGCAUUCAGGGUUUCCUAACUAACAGGCCGUAUAUCUGCCGUGUACGGAGAGCCAUACACUUAUCUACAGCAUCAAGUGAAGACCAUAUGCGUUUCGUAAAAUUAAGCAGUGAAUUUGAGCCAUAUUGUUAUCUUUAAAGCCACAUUGGGAAAUGCAGAGACAUGACGUUUUAUGAACGGCCCUCUCACUGUAUUAAAAAAUUUCACAAUUUAAAACUUUUCAAAAGCCGAAUUAUACCUUUCCUUCCAGUAUAAAAUUGGAAGAAGACGUCAUUUUCUACCGAAUAAGCAAAAUAGUGAAUAUUUGUGUGCAUAAUUUUCAUGAAAUGUAAUUAAAUCUUUAAAAACAUUGGAAAUCCAUGAAAAGAACUCACGCUACUUAAGUAGUCAUUUUUCAGAGAGUAUCGUCCUUGCAUGCGGCCAAAGUGAAGUUCGUUCAAAGCCGAGAUCCUGUGGUAACUGAAUUAUUAUAGAAUCAUGCUGCAUGGUGGCUAGUUUUACAACUGUGCGUAAUUAAUCUUUUCAAAACGAGAGGGCAUUUCGGAAUUUCAGUUGACAUUUCAUGAGUUAGCCCACCUACUGUACAAACCGGGUUUCCUUGUCUAGUAGAAAAAGUCCCAGGAGAUUUGGACAUAGCAACUGAGACCCCUUAGAGAAAUUUCGAUCCAGGAGACAUUCCGUAUUAGGUAGGAUAUUCCAAAAAGUAAGAAGACAACUCCCACUCCGGUCUAUAAAAACUAUGCUAAUCAGGAAGCACUUACUCUAGACAGAUCUGUUAAUUCAAAUUCAAAAUGUGCUUUAUUUCGACUGCAACGGAGUGUCUGCAAGGUUCGGAGGUUCCGGUCGUUCCAUCCACCUCGAACCAACUGACUGACGACGCAAACACUUCGCCGGUAUCGUUACCACAAAAUUCCGGGCCAUCAAGAUCAAAAUUUUAUUACAGCAUCAAUGCGACUUUUUUGUACAACACAGGAAAUAGCUGCGCACAGGAAAUAAGAUUGCUCGUAGCCUGUUAUAGCACGCCUUCUAAGUAGUUUAACUGCGUUGGAAUUAUCAAAAAAGACCAUCCGAUUGCCUCGAUUGUCAACAAAUUAACGGCUCCAAAUGUGCUUUAAUUUUCAGGUUGGGGAACAAGCGCUUUUUCAUAUGGCAACUACGCAUUCGUCGUCUUUCUCUUCACACCCUUCUUGAGUGCCAUCCUGGGCACACUACUGUACGAGCUUCUGAUUGGCAUUCACCUCCCGGGAGCUGGUGAAAAUUCCAAGAAUCGAAGUCAGACGCCAAGGACUGAAAGCCCAAGUACGACUCCUCCUUCGAAGUGA